GUGGUCAAAAGUAUACGGUUUGUUUUCAUCGGAAGGUCUGAAGCAAGGUGCCGGAAACCGCCAUGGCCGGAUCGCAUAUUCACGGCGCCUCACCGCCGACGGAGCUGACGGACGUUGAUAUAGUACGCUUGGUUAAACAACCAUACGAAGCGCAGAUUCACGUCCUCAAUUUCCUCACAUCGCCGGACUCCCAUGAAACCCUCAUCUCCUUCCUCCAUUCCCGCGCCGCUUCUCCCACUGCUUCUAUCUCCGUCGCCGAGUAUGUAUCUUCUCUUAUUUCUCUCUUAUCUAUCGCACCUCAAUCCGAUAAUUUCCCGUCAACGCUUCACGCUUUGCUGUUGCUAUCUUACAUCACACUCUUCACUUCACACAAAAUCCCUCACGAUCGGAACUCCUUAAACACUAUUCACCUCUUCGCAGUCCAUCUCGAGAGCAUUCCUAGCAAAGGAUUGGUGUCGGUUUCUGAUUCAAUUGUUUCAAGCCUAUCGACAAUUCUGGAUGCUGAAGAUGCUCAGCUUGUUCAUCUCCUUCCGAAAUGUCUCAACUUGAUCAUGAAUUCAAAUGAAAUCGAGAAGCGUGCAGACUUAAUUAAUUCAGUCUUGGACCGUUUUCUUACAUGCGAUUGGUCCAAAGCUCUGCUGUUGGAAAUCGUUUUGGUUAUUCGUGAAUUUGGAUUCAUAGACAGAAGGAGACAGAUGGAGUUUCUCGAGAAGGUGUUUGAUGGAAUGAAGAACGUUGAUUUACAGGAUCUUCCUUCGCUUGUUUAUCAGUUGCUGGUUUUGGCAUCGAAGGGGUUCAGUAAGACGGAUAUCAUAGAAGGCAUUGUAAUGUUUUUUGGGACAAAAGUUGGGUCGAAAGCCAGCUCUAUAGGGAGGCAAGUGGAAGGCACCGUGCUGCUGCAUGUCAAUUUUGCGGUGAAGCAGGAUCCUUCAAUUGGAAAUACAAUUAUGGGACUCGUGAAGUCAAAUAUUCAAGCUUUUAAUCAUUUCACUGUCUCAGUGUUGUUGUCCAUUGCCCGAGUACGAAGAUUCAAAGAGAGGUCACUGCAAAUCCUUAAGACGGCAGUUGUUACAGCCUACCAUGAUAAUAAAUCUGCUAAAACUUGCAAAUGGUUAUCCAAUGAAUUGAAGGAAGAACAUUUGCAGAAAACCAAAAUAGUGGAGAAAACUGUUUUACGAGCUAUUAAUGAAAGCAACUGUGGAAGAGAACAUAUUUUGCCCAGUAUUGUGGAGUUUGGCUUUGCAUUGUUAGAAACAGUGGAGCAAGGAAGUGGCAAAAGAAUGACCAAAUCUGACGAUUUGAGUGUUGAGAACCUGGGUCUUCAGGUCCUGAAGACUCUCUUUGAGGUUCAUGAUAUGGCAAGGAAUGAGAUCAUAGAUCAAUGCAAAUUCAGAAUUCUGUCUUUGAAGCCUGAAAAGAGUUUGUCUGUAUUAAGAUUGCUUGAUGAUUUAGUUAAGAGAUACCCAUAUGCAUUGUCGGAGCACAUCCCUCGCCUGAAAGAGCUGUUGGACUAUUUCACAUUUAUGCCUGACAGGGUCUCAAGCCAUCUUGUAACUCUUCUGCUUCCACUCAUUAAAUAUAGUGGUGAUCUCCAGGACUACAUCAUCUUAGUUGUGCGAAAGGCUAUGUUUAAUAGAGAAGAAUCAGUUCGUCUUGCUGCAACAAGCGCAAUUAUCAGCUUGAUCUUGGCAGAUAAACAAUCUGAAACAAAGGGUACUUCAUCUAUUCAAGAAUCAUCUAGCCAGGCCAGCAGCAGCCAGCAGCAUCCUGCGAUUCCACCUGGCAAAAGGGCUGGUUUGUUUCAGGAGCUUAGUUGUCUGCUCCAAAGAUGCCUUUAUCAACAGGCACAUGUCAAAGAAAUUCUGUACAGUGGGCUUGUAAAACUUGUGCUCUUGGACCCGCUAUCUUCUGGGGCUGUUUUUGAUUUUCUCUUCCCUCACUUCCUUAGAUAUUACAACGAGAAAGCAGAUAUCCAACUUCGCAUUGAUGAAUGCGUUAAGACAGAGAAUGGACGAAUAUACAUUGAGGAACCACUAGAUUGUCUUCUUUCUUGUAUCUCCUGGGUCCUUCUUACUCAGCCACAUGGUAAAACUGAUAAUCAAUCUGCUUCAUGGGUCUGUUCUGGUUUUGCUCUUACACAAGAGAAUGAGGUAGGGAAAAAGGUGCCCGCUGAAUUAUUUUCAAGGUCCUUCUCAAUAAUUCGGGAAUUUUUGAAAAAUAAAAAUUUGGAAGAUUUGUUAGGUUUGACCUUGGACACAAGUUCUACAACAGAGGGAGAAAAAGAAAGCAGAUGCCGGGCUCUAAUUUUGUCAGGAAUGAUCAAAGUGCUGUUGAAUUUCAUUAUCACAGAGUUGGAGAAACAAAAAGAUGAGAAAAAUGAAGACCUUCAGAAAGAAGUUAUAAAGUUUGUUCUAAUUCACGAGUCCCUAGAGAAGCAUAGGUGUAUGUCUAGACCUGGUAAGGGCAUUAGGAAAUUGAAGGUGCAGUCUUCGGAUAAUACGCAGGAGGACACCGAUAAGAAUAGUACAAAAUUUUCACAAGAAAGAACACCUUUAAUGGCCACAUCAAGUAUCUGCCAACUGCUGCAGAUAGGAAUAAAAUCAUGUCAGUCUCACAAAAUAGAGAAUGUUCAGUCUUCCGAGAACGACAGCCAGCAGCCUUUCAGCAAGAAUCAUUGUUCCCAAUUCCUAUCCUUUGUUUUGAAUACAUCCCUUCAUCAAAUAAAAUCUUUUCCAUCUCAAGAAAGAAAUGAUCCAAUAAACCAUCUCAUCUACGGAAAUAUCAAUGCUUUCGGUCCUCUCCUCCUGAAGUUGAUUUGGUUGCUAAAAUCACCGAAUAAGCUUGCAACAACAGAUCAAAAGAAAAAAGAAACUAAAGGGAGGAAAGAUGAUGACAAGGGAAUUCUCAUUUCAGCCUUAGUUUGCUUGAAGGAAUUAAUAAGCUUAACACCAGACCAGAAAGGCUUAAUUGAAGAUUUAGUUUCAAUAUCGCCACUUGAUCACACUUCUGAAUUUGUUCCAGAUGAAGAUCACCUUGAUGAACAUGUAUCUGUCUACAGCGACAGCAUAGAGGUGUUUGUCAGAAAGCACAUAAAACCAUUAUUAUCUGACUUCCUGGAAGUUCCAUUGCCUCAUGAGGUUGAGAUAUUAUGUGAUAUUAUUAUGGUUAUUGGUAACGAAUUGCCCUAUGACAGAAGGCACUCUAUAGGACACUGGGCUAUAGGAAUAAGCAAAAUCAAAGGCAUACAGAAUCCUAAAACUGCCAAAAGUAUUGUUUCCCUUGGUAUUAAUUUGAGUUCAUCUCCUCAUGAUGUGGCCCAUGCACAAGACAUUGCUGCAGAGCUUUUGAAAAUAAUGAGCUCCGCGACAGAUGGGCAGAUGGAGAUCUCAAACAUAUAUCCUCUAAUUAACCAUUCCACUCAUGCCACUUUAGUCUCUUAUAUACUGCAAUAUAUAGAAGGAGUUGUUGCGGACAUAGAUCGGGUGACAAUGAAACUUAAGAUGUACAUAGGUCUGGCUUUGGAGGAAGCCAUUUACUCGAGAACUGAAGCUGCUGUGAAAGUCUUGUCUUCAUUGGUGAUGAUGAAACUCAUGGAUUUCCAAGCGGAAAAUUUGCUUAGAUUGGCUGCUAGGCUUUACAAGAACUUGGCUCGGAUGUCAAAGAUGCGUAUUGCUUCCAAAGGCUGUAAGCAGUUGUUCCCAAGCCUGAGCUACCAGAAGUUGGUUGAAACAACUUGCAAACUGCUAACGGGUCCUUUGUACAACUUCGUUUCUGAUAUGCAACAGAAUCAGGAAGGAAGUGGGAAAGGCAAAGGCAAGGGAGUGAUCAACAGAAUCAAAAGAGAGAAUAGAUGCAUUCCGGACUUGAUUUUCCAGAUAGAAGAUUAUGAAAGAUAUCUGAUUAUUCUUAGCAAAGCUAGCAAUGUAAAUUUGUUAAGGCAUGCUAAGCGUAGUACUGCCAGGGAUUUCAAGAUUUUAGACCCAGAACCAAUGGUUGAAGAAGAAGAAGAAGACGAAGCUGGUGGUGGUGACCAAGAGGGUGGAAGUCCUGCUGCAAGUUCUUCACAAAAUGAAGAAGACGAUGAAGCAGAUAGACCACAGGAGAACACCGAAUCAGGUGAUGAUAUGGUUCCAGAAUCUGAAUCAGAUGAAGAUCGAAAUUCAUUAACAUCUUCCAAGAGAGCUAGGAUGAGUAAAACUAUGCUGGAUAAUGAUGACGAAGAAGAAUAGAUAGCUCUGAUUGUGUAAGGAAGGAAUUGAUUGAUUUCUCAGCAGACCUGAAAAAUACAGAUUUUUGGGAUUUGAACGUAUAAAGGAGCUUGCUUUGGCAGUUAGGAUCCAGCCAGUAUGUGUUUUCCGAUAUAGUAUUAUUCCAAGUGUGGACUGGUUGGACCUAAAUUA